AUGGGCAAUUCAAAGAUAUGCCGUUCCUGCCUGGAACACUUUACGUUCGCACGACCAGAUGUGAUAGAAGUUAUCAAGGACCUGAAAAAGGAAAGUGUGCAACUUGCUGUGGAAGCUGGAUACGGCGAUGAUGACCUCAAAAGUCUCCAAGAAGACGUAAAGGAUUAUGAAGCAGACACCACUUCGCUCCCCGCAGGAUCUUACGCACCGUAUCCAUGGGCUUCUGGUCUGAGCGUGCCACAACUUUGGAUGUAUCCGCAGAUAUGGAUCGACGAGCAUUCGCGCUUUUUAGGGCAAUUACGCGAAUCCGUCAAGUCGUCAGGUUGUCACAUUUGCCGGUCCUUGUGCAAACUGAUAGCAUACGCUGCGGGGGAUGAUGUCUCUGAUUCGGCAAAAAUCACGACCUCGUUAUGUUGUGACAGCGCGGGUAAAGAACCUCUUCGUCUUCAAUUCGCUGUUCAAACAGAUCAAUCGAGUCAAGAUGGCAGUUAUGUCGCGAUGGGCAGCCUUGAGUGCAGGAGAAUAGGUUUCUUCAAUUCAAUGGCGGAUCUAAGCAUACAGGAUGAGGAGCCUUUUGACUCUCUACCGAGCACGGAUAGCUCUGUUGAAUUCCUGUCUCGCAACCUUGACUCAUGCCUCAAGAAUCACCCUGAGUGCUCUUCCAGACAAACCACUGGCUGGGUACCAACGCGGCUCUUAGAAGUUCGAUCGGCUGAUGAUGACAAUGACUGCGUUUUCCUCGUUGAGAGAGAUAACAUCCAAGCCCCGGGGGGUGGUAAACCACGAUAUCUUACACUUAGUCAUAUUUGGGGGUCAUCGAAGCCAUUAUGCCUUACCCGGGAUAACUACGACUCACUCAAGAGUGGGAUGAAGACCCAGGAACUGCCCCAAUGUUACAGAGAUGCAGUCUUUCUCGCGCGGAAACUCGGCAUCUCUCACGUUUGGAUUGACUCCUUAUGUAUUAUCCAAGACUCUUCUGAGGACUGGGAGCGUGAGGCGAUGACCAUGGACAAAGUCUUUACCAACGGGAUAUGCAAUAUCGCGGCAUGCGAUGGUACUGGCUCUUCAGACAGUCUGUUUUCGGAUCCUAAUUCUAUACCCCACCCCAAAACCUCGUUCAAGGUAAAGUACACCAAUGGCGUUGUUGAAUUCGAAGUCGUUCCAAUCUGGAUGGACCUCAUGCGGAAGUAUUCUCCAUUAUCUAAACGGGCAUGGUAUGUCCAGGAGAAGUUUCUCAGCACGCGCAUAAUGCACCUCACCAAAAUCCCUCUCUGGGAAUGUCGAAAGAGCGUCAUUGCAGAAGGGUGUAGCGAGCCAGUGACAUACCCUCUGACGAAAUCCUCAGCAUCUGAAAGAGACUUGAUGUGGUCUGAUGAGCAAGACAUAAAUUUCAACUUGGCUCGAUGGAGGAAGAUUGUUGAGUUUUACUGCCAGUGCAAGCUUACCUUUCCUAUGGAUAAGUUGGUAGCAAUAGGUGGGCUAGCGAAGGCAUUUUCCAGCCUACUCAAGGAGGAUUACUGUGCGGGCGUAUGGGGUGGUGAGCUACUUGUUCCUUGCCUCCUUUGGAGAACUUUCCACCCGUCAAUGCCCUCUACGGAGUACCUAGCACCUUCAUGGUCUUGGGCUUGUCGUAACGGACCUAUGGUUCAAUCACGUGGUGUGGUUUCAAAGGUCUUCGUCCGUGACGCAUCAUUUCAGGCUGUGCCAAAGAGCAGUGAUAUCUUUGGCCAACUCAUAUUGGCGGAACUACGACUAACAGGGAGGCCUCUUGAAAUCUCAGACUUCACCACCUGGCGCCAACGGACCAGGUACAAGAUACAGUCUACUUUCGAUCGCGAACCUCACGUGGAGUCAGAUAAGCAAGUCUACUUCCUACCGCUUGCAAAGCUCUCUUUCGUUUACAGUCAAGGGGAAAAAGCUGCGUCAAUUGAGGGUCUAUUCGUCCAAGUUGCCUCUCAACGCCCUGGAAAAGGUGCAACCGUCUUUAAGCGUGUCGGAUUUGGUCAAACGAGGGAAGGGGAGGACGGCGGCACGAAUAGAUACCCUCGGUAUGAUGAAAAUUGGGAUUACGUAUUUGAUACGCCCCUUUCGGAACUAGAGAAAGAUCUAGAAACAAUCAUCCUUGUAUAG